AUGAGCUCUAUUGAUGAGAAGCCUCUUUCAUGGUUCAUCAGACUGAUUCAUGAUACUUGCAUUCAUUUGAAUAAAUCUAUGUUGCUCCUCUGCUUAUUCAACUCUAAUUCUACAAUGAGCUCUAUUGAUGAGAAGCCUCUUUCAUGGUUCAUCAGACUGAUUCAUGAUACUUGCAUUCAUUUGAAUAAAUCUAUGUUGCUCCUCUGCUUAUUCCACUCUAAUUCUACAAUGAGCUCUAUUGAUGAGAAGCCUCUUUCAUGGUUCAUCAGACUGAUUCAUGAUACUUGCAUUCAUUUGAAUAAAUCUAUGUUGCUCCUCUGCUUAUUCAACUCUAAUUCUACAAUGAGCUCUAUUGAUGAGAAGCCUCUUUCAUGGUUCAUCAGACUGAUUCAUGAUACUUGCAUUCAUUUGAAUAAAUCUAUGUUGCUCCUCUGCUUAUUCCACUCUAAUUCUACAAUGAGCUCUAUUGAUGAGAAGCCUCUUUCAUGGUUCAUCAGACUGAUUCAUGAUACUUGCAUUCAUUUAAAUCUAUGUUGCUCCUCUGUUAUUCCACUCUAA